AUGGGUGGGGGCAAAAUAGUUCGAGUGAAACUUCAAGACAACGGUUAUUGUUAUGAUCACUAAAAAUUGGUUGGAAUUUAAACAAAUUUAGAAUACAUUAAAUAAUAUCAUAUAUUGAAGUGGAUUCACGGUUAUGUUUUAAUUUGAAGACUCCCUGUUAACAUGACUGAGAACGUAGACGAUACUAUUUUGAAUAUGGUGAAAAACCUGAAACCGAACGUCGUAAAGUCGAAAAAAAUCAAAUAUGAGUUUACCCCAGUGAAACGUUCUCGUAGUUCAAACUCAAAUGAAAGCAGCUUUGAUGAAACAACUCCUUUAAAAAAAAGGAAAUGUGAAUCAAAACUCGACAUUUCGUACGUCGGUUCUCCCAUGGAGGUGAGAAGGUUGAGAGCAGAUUUGGUAGAAGCGAGAAACACAAUACUGGGCUUAGAAAGCAGGAUAAGUCAUAUGCAUGGGGUGCGAAAACAGAUGCAAUUGUUGUUUGAUGAGGAAAAUCAGGCUCUCAAGCGUCAAAAUGAAUACGACAAAAAAUCCAUAGAAGAUUUAGAGGAACGCUUACAAGUAAUUAGGAAAAGAGAGAUUGAAACAAAAAAACAAUUAGCUGAGGCAAACAAUAAAUAUGAACUUAUGAAACUGAAGACCAGUGAAAAAAUAGAGGAUCUUGAGAAGAGUAUGGAAGAAAUGAAGGAAGAGAGCAGAAUAGCAGAAUCUGAUGAGAACGGAAUAAUACCGGGCUUGGAAAGAAGAAUUGCAGAACUAGAAAACAUGCUAGAAGCUGCCGAAGAAGAUGCUGAGGCACAAAAGAAAUUAGCGGAAGAAUUAGCAAAAAGGUUGGACGAAAAUACCUAUUUUCAAAAAGAGUAUGAGAUCAAAGAUCAGGAACUUCGGAAGGCCAAGUUACAUAUUAAAGACUUAGAGUAUGCAAAAGAAAACUUUAUGGAAUUUCAGGAACAAGCAAAGACUCAGGCUUACAAAUUAGCCAAUUAUGUGGAGCUUCAAAAAGAGAACGAACGGUUCAAAGAAGAUAAUUUGAGGCUGAAAGAGGAAAUUGGAAAUAAGUUGCUGCUCGAGGAAGAAGUUUUCGAUUUGAAGAAUAGACUCGUUAAAUUUAAGGAAUAUGAGAAAAAAGUGAAUGAACUGCAGAUCCAAGAAACUCAAAAUGCCAUGUGUUUGAGCGAAUGGCGCGCUGUUGCAAGAGGUAUAUGCGAAUCUACAGAGUCUGAUAAUGUUUUGCAACAUAAGCUGAGGUCAGCAGUGGAAAGGCUUCAGCAACAAGAACUUUCUCUGACCUCAGAAAAGGUGGAACUGGAGUCUCAAUUGAAAUCAUUCAUGCAUGAAGCCAAAGUGGCAAAGUCAGAAUUGGAGAAGAGUCAAAAGCUGAUAGCAGAGCUGAAAUCCACCGGCGAACAGAAACAGAGCCUUAUACAUCGCAUGCAGAAAAAACUCAUGCUGGUGAGCCGGGAAAGAGACAGUUAUCGACUACAAUUGGACUCUUACGAGAGAGAUCUCACCAUGUAUGCUAAUACCACCACCAUGGGUGGUAGCGGGGCAAGUCAGAUACAGUCUCAAAAAGAACGAAUUGAUAAUUUGGAAAAGAUUGUUGAAGGUUACAGAGACUUGAUUAGUAAAUUGGAGACAGAUCUUCAAAAUGCUCAUCCAAAUGCACACACAGACGUGGUUCCUAUCAAGGCAGAGCAAAUAUCCAGGCUACAAGAUGACAUACAGCGUCUGAAGAAUGAAAAUGACAAGCUACGUGAAAGGAAUGAUAGGUUAGAAAUCCAACUGGAAUCCUACCUAGUGGGAGAAGAUACCAUGCAAGGCGGCGUCGUCGUACAUUUAGCAGAUAAGAACCCUCUUUCCCAAGCACUGGCUCAAAGAGAGCAGUAUAUUGAGAAGAUAGAACAAGAAGUGGAGAGACUCAAGCGAAAAGUCAAAAACAUGGAAGAAGGUAUAGAGAGCAGCAAACUUGGAGACAUUACUCUUACUGCCAAGGAAGUCCAAACACUCAAAGAAGAAAUAAAGACCCACGAAACUCAAACACAGAUGCUGAAAGAUUACUUCAAGUCACAAAUGCAGGAGUUUCGGAACGUCAUUUACAUGUUGCUCGGUUAUAAAAUCGACCGCACUCAGAACUCGCUGUACAAGCUGAGGAGCAUGUACGCUGAACAACCGGACGAUCAAUUGUGCUUCCAGGUCAACAAGGACGGCGAUUUGAAUUUAUUAGAGAACGAAUUCAGUGCCACUUUGGAAAGCAUGAUCAAUCUCCAUCUCAGGCAUCAAAAGUCGAUUCCGGUUUUUCUCAGCGCCAUCACUAUGGACUUGUUCAACACCAAGACCAUGACUAAGACGUUCCAAGUAGAGUAGGUGUUCUUGUGAAACAAGUUUUAUGUAAUUCUUUUUGUAAGUAUUGGAUAAUAAAUUAAGAUUGAAAAUUA